GAGAUAGCCGAAGAUCAAAUACACUCGCACAACUCAUUCGUAUAAGCAAUCAUCAAUCAGAAAGCGAUACCAGAACAUAAAUAAUCCACAAAACAUGGAAAAACACAAAUUAACGGUCUUUUUGAUUACUGGACAACCAGGUAUCGGGAAGACGACAUUAGUUGGCAAGAUAGCCGCAAAUAUGCGCAACCAGUGCACGUUGCAAGGCUUUUUUACCGACGAAGUGCGGGAAAACAAUCAACGCAUUGGCUUUGAUGUGGUUACCAUGGCUGGGAAACGUGAAAUAUUAGCACGCGAAAAAGUCCAAGGAAACCUUCCAAAGGUGGGCAAAUAUUCGGUGUAUGUUGAGAACUUCGAGAAACUUGCGCUGCCAUUGCUAAAUAUAUCAUCUCAGCCGACACAGUUGAUGAUUAUCGAUGAGGUUGGCAAGAUGGAAUUGCUGAGCAAACGUUUUGAGGAAGCUGUUCGCAUGCUGGUUCUGAAUGAACAAAUAGCAUUAAUUACCAUUCCAUUGCACACCAACAAGCGCAUUGGGCUAGUAGAAUUUCUUAAGUCGUAUCCACAGUCUAGGAUCUAUACGGUCAAUCAUACGAAUCGUGAUAGUUUGGUGCGGACAAUCUCAGAAGACAUUAUCAAAUCAAUACCAUAAAUCUGAGAGUUUCUUUUGAAUGUUCUGGAAAGGCAACUCAGCUUU